CUAAAUUUCUAAACUGAAUCGAUUGUGACGGAAAACUCCUCUCAAAAAGAAAUUUCCUUAUUUACGAACUUUCCGAGCGCUCCAAAGCGUCGGACAGCGAGCGCAGCGCCCUCUGGCCAUGAGUACUGGCGAGUCGCAAACGAAGAAAGUUGCCCGGUUCGUUGAAUUUGCUUUUGUACCCGAUCGAAUCAUCUCCCUAUCGAACAGCUAGAUUCCCUCGGGCGGUCGAUUAUCUACCAAGUGCAGAAUGGAGACCCUGACGGACGUGAGCGAAGAGUUAGUACAUUCAAAUGACAAGAAUGGGGAUGACUCGAGCGAUGCGAGAGGAUUUUCAGCCUUAGGUUUGGGUUCCUCAUAUAGCACCUUAUCGAAGGUUCGUGAAGAUGUCAACAAUAUAUUCGCAGCCGCCACGAGGCACGGCGAGAAAAUCACCAGUCUCCUCACCAAAGCAGAUGAUGAUUGCUAUCAUAUGAGACGACAACGUCGAGGAAUCUGUGUAAUUGUUAACCAGAAGGAAUUCGAACCGCACACGCAAUUGAACGAAAGACGCGGGACUGACGUAGACGCCGAAAAUCUCAAGAAGACUUUCCAGGCACUCUCUUUCGAAGUUCACAUGCAGAAAAAUCUCACCGAAAAGCAACUCAGUCGUGAGCUGAAGCAUUGGUCGCAGUACGAUCACGCGGAUUGCGAUGCGUUUGUUUUCUGUCUUCUGUCUCAUGGCGAGCGUGAUCUCAUAUACCACACGAGCGGAAAAAUAAGCACCGAUCAAAUCUUCGAACCCUUCACCGGUGAAAACUGCCGUUCUCUCCUGGGAAAACCGAAACUUUUCUUCAUCCAAGCUUGCCGGGGCGAUAAUUUGGACAAAGGGGCUCUAGCCAGAGAUCAGCCGGAUUCUGUCAACGGAGACGUUUAUCGACUACCGUCACACGCUGAUUUCCUGAUCGCCUACUCGACCGUGGCGGGCUUCUAUUCGUGGAGGAACACUAUCAAUGGCUCCUGGUUCAUCCAAUCUCUGUGUGCGGUUCUCCAGGAUCCUGACCUCGUGCGGAGGAAUGACAUCCUGUCGCUUAUGACACUCGUCAACAAGCACGUCGCUUUCAAAUUCGAGUCAAGCGUUCCCGGCAAUUCCGAGAUGGACAAACGCAAACAAAUUCCCUGUGUGACUUACACUCUCACUAGGAAGCUCUUUCUGGCGCCGAAAAUCACCGGAAGCCUUGUGUAGGGACGGUGCAGUGUAGGUUAACCCAGGGCACUCUUGGACUCUGUCGGCAGCACCGGAACCAUUGCAGAUGGUCUCGCGCGAAAAUUCCGUGCGCCUGAUCCAUUCUCAAUAGAUUGUGUGUGGUCAACAGGUUUUCGGGAGACUGUGUUUGAGUUGUAUCCUAUGGUUUUCCCAAGUUUACAAAGGAAAACAUGAGCUACAAUCAUUGUUCGCAUCGAUAGCAGAGAAUUCAAGGGAAUGAUUGUUGGAUGUGAGGCUACGAUCCACCAUAUGACUAGAGUGAAGCACAUACUUGACAUACAAGCUCACCGAAGAGGAAUGGACUACCCGUGUCGAUUCUAAAAGAGGGCAUGCCACACAAGGCGGGCAUUCUUACGAUUAGGGAUUCCGAAGAAGAGUCACCACAGUUGACUGGCGAAGCCGAAAAAACUUUCGAAACAUUUCCGUGAAUGCUGCUCUGAAUAGAUAGGUUCGGUACUGAACUGAACGGAUGAUUCAUGGGGCGCCGAGGCCUCUCAAUCCUUAUAUUGUGCCGAGGAUAGGAGCAGUGUGUUCUGCCGAAGGUUGUGACCGCGAGGGGCUCACCCGAAGACAGUGGCGUUCCUUCAACACUCAGCCAUAAACUUAGGACCGAGUGUCGCCCAAGCUCAGGCAUCAAGUUACUUACUUAUUCCUGUGAGCGAUUGUACCUUGCCAUUUUUCUCGGAGCAUCAGCUCGGCACAUGGAACGCUGCUUUUCCAUGCGAAGCAUUCAUCGAGAGAGCGUUAUUUGCUCAUUGUUCUGUUUCUCGCCUGAACGUUCGGACGCAACAUCCGUCGAUGCAUCGAUUGAGUUGAGUCAGAGCAUUCUUCAUCAUGUCACAGCGAAUGAGUUCUGUCGACUUAGGUAUAUAGUUUCUUUAAAGUUGACCUCUCUCCAAAAAUAUCGACGAAUUAUCAUAUCGUACUGAAUAAAAG